GCAUGCGCACAUAGAAACGCGUUGGAGCGAGCAUCCAGGUCCCACAUCCUGGUACUUUGAGCGUUGUCAAGGCUGCUCCAGGCUGAACACGGCUGGCGGACAGUAGCUGCGGUGGCCUGGCCCUAUUCUGUCCAAACAGCGGUCGUAUAAAGUGUCCCGGAAAGUUAGGUGUAGCUGGAAGACGCAGCACACACAGACUGGCGCCCCCUCCGUUAGGACAACAGGCGGAAGAUGUUGUCCAUUGUGCCGCUGAGGGAGACAGGGAUCCGGGCAUGCUUUACGUGAAAAUGUAGCCAUGUAUGUCACUAAGGGUACUGCUGUAUGCCAGUGCAAUGCCAUCUGCUCAGCAGCAUCUCCUGGGAGUUAACCACCCUGAGUCUCUACUGAGGAACUCAACUGAUUUACUGUGACAAAGAUAAAUCUUGCUGUUAGAUGAGAACUAAUGGGCUAUCCAAGCUAACGAUAGCAUGCCAUCUCAGAAAGGUAAAGGUUGUCCAGCAUCCCAUCGCUAUCGGCCAGCCUCCGAAUAUGAUGAUGCCACACUUGCCCAAAAGAGAGAAUAUUGGAGAAAUAAGAAAAGAGAGCAGAGGGCCCGACUGUCUGAACAGAGAAAAAAGUCAACACAAGACAGCAGUGAGGAAAAGCUCUCAUACGUGUAUGUCUCUGCAGGGGUCAAUACCAAUUUGUCAGACCCCUUGGCUGCCUUGUCCUCUCCUUUGCUAAGUAACGAUGUCUCAUAUAGUUCUUUAUCAAAGAUUGAAAGGACAGUUGAACAAAGUUCAACAAAGGCCCCUAAAAAACAGGAGCGGCAUCAGGCAAUGACCGUUAACAAGGUCCUGCGUAACUUGCAGCCAGCAUCAUGCUCCAUUUUGGCUACAGCAGCUGAGGGUGGCUCGGUCACAGUGAAACGUCCAACAACCAAAAGUCUUAGGAAUCUGGUUACCUCAUCCAAAAGCAGCGGAACCGAACUGAACACCAGUUCAUCAGUGCCUCCAGUCAGAGUAACCCCUUUUACCAGCAGCAGCUCCACAAAAACAGAACCCAAGCCAUGUGGAUCUAUGCAGGACUCACCACUCCCAAACACAACAUCAGAGGCACAAGUGGCAUUGAAUGGCCUCCAGGUGUUGCCUUGUGUAACAAGAGAUACAAGGCAUGCAGCUUUAUGUGGCCCUAUUAUUAAUAAAACAGAGGGCCAAAGAACACACACAACACCUCAAAAUGGACUAAAGAGUGCCUUGGUCACUAUAAAAAGGGCUACAUGUUUUGGCAUUACACCAGCUCCCAUGGAAUCGGAGGAGGAGAGAGCAGCCAAGCGAAGAGAGCACUGGAGAAUCAAAAAACGAGAGCAGAGAGCAAAGCUGGCAGCUAAGACCACAAAAGUCAGAGAAAGGCCACAAAACGGAGACGGGCUAUCGGCACAGAAAACAAUACUUGUGGCCAACUCAACUCUGACCUCUCAGUCGUUUCUGAGAGGUGCAAGCCAGAAGCGGUAUCCAGUUCGGGUUAAAGUGCCGUACACAGCAGUUAGUUUGGAGACUGAAAACCUGCAAAGUGGGUUAGCUGUCCCUGACCUGCAAACAAAGCAGAUAAAAGUGCAGAAUCCACAUGGGCAUAAGAUGGAACAGACAGUCAGAACAUUUAAUACAACCGCAGUAAGGAAGCCAGCAGAAUCACAGAGAAAACUAACUUAUAUGCAUCAUUCUAACAUUACCCAAGAGACUUCAUCAUGUAAAACACUUCGACAAAGGUCCGUCGAAUCACAGAAAAAUUUCCUGAAUCAGAGAAAUCUAAGGAAUAAACCUUUCUUGACAGCUGCAGGGUUUCGUACCAGAGAUAUCCCCACAAUGGACACUAAUGACACACCAGAGCAAAUACUAGCCAAGCGGAGAGAGUACUGGCGGAAUAAGAAGCGUGAACAGCGAGCUAAGCUUUCACUGGAGAAGAAGAUUCGACUAAAGGAGAAGGACUCUUUGACACGCCGAGUAAAACGUUACCAACAAAUCCUUGAAGAAAUGAGAAAGGCAAGAGCCUUGGCGCAUUCAACUGAAAAGACCCCUACACUCGCAUCUGAGGCCAUUGGGGGGUUCAUCAAAGAGGAUGGGACUCUGACAAUUAACAUACCUCAGAGUGCAAAAUAUCAAAGUAUAGUUGGAGACAAAAGUGAAGAAAAAGUCCAUGACAUUUCUAAGAAGAUGCAGCCAACGUCACAAACUGAUAUGAACUGGAGAAGUGUUUCCCCAUGUAGGGUAAAUCGACCUUCACCUCUAACUCGCUCGUCUCAAGGUAAAACUGCUUUUUCUUUUGUGCAGACAGUCAACAAAACUUCUAAAUUAAUUGCUGUCAAACCACAAUCUCACCUUGACAUAACUAGUUCCAGUUCAAAGCCAAGCAAAAGUGAUCAGCAGCUCACACUAACUCAUCUCCAGUCCCCUCAUAACGCAGCCUCAGCCGCAGGGUCAAAGUUUGGUGGCUGUGUCAUGAAAAUGAGCAUCUCAAGCCGUAUGCCAUCACUUCCACUGCUAUCCGUGGGUCCAAAGCUGUCAGAAGAGGAGAGGAUGGCAAAGAAGAGGGAAUACUGGAGAACAAAGAAACGUGAGCAGCGAGCAGCUCGUGCUUCUCGACUGAAACACAGUAUUUUCCAAGCAAGGACCAGUGGAGGGUUAGUGAGGAGGAGGGUUCAUACACAAGAAUUAAACACUGUGCAGCCGAGCACCAAUCUUACUAUCAGUGCGGAAAAAGCACAGCAUUUUCCAAACAACACUGUGAGUGCUGUACCACAUGCAAAUGAAAUAAAACAGGAGGGUGAGUCUGUGCCGGCAGCUGACCUAAAUUCUCUACCAGAUCGAGCCAUCUGUCCAGACAAACCCCCGACCUCCCCACCUGCACCUCCAGAGCCGGAGCCUGAGAUAUCUCUCAAUUCAGACAGCCAAGCCACCACUCUGCUGGCUGUAGCCUCUAUGAAGAAACUUCUGGAGGAAUCCCUCAGCUCAGUUUCAGAGAAUCAAAUCGAACAGGCUGGGGUGGCAACACAAACAACCGAAGAUUCUUCAGAGCAGGACAUAAAGCCUGUUUUAUCACAGCUUCAUUGUGAAAAGAAUGACAAGGAUUUAUUACCUGCUUGCUUGACAUCCCAAAUUAAAAGCUUGCAGUCGGAUAGUGAUGUGCUGGAGGAAAAACACUUACCAAAUCCCCAGCUCAGUGACGCAGUUCCAUCGCUUUCUGCGUCAGGUGAGGUGGCGGACUCCGCCUGCGCUCAGUCAGCCCAGACGUCUUCAACACCUUUCAUCACCACAACCUCAUCAUGUGUGACUCAGAGAUCUUAUAGCAGCAAUUGGGCCCAUCAAAGCUGCUGGUCUGAAGAGGAGCUACCGAAGCUCCAUCACAUCACAACUACAUCACUGGAUCCACCACAGCAGCAUCAGCUUGACCAGCAUAAUCAGCAGAGUCACAACAGCUUUGUGCCACCUGCAGAAAGAUUCUGCAGCAUUAUGACAAGGAAGAGCAGCUCAAACACCCUUCAGAAGAAGAGGGAAUACUGGAAGCUGAUGAAAAGGCAGCAGAGGGCGAGGUUAAAGGCCAGGCAGAAGGAGAUUCUUUCAAAGAAUGCCCAGAAUGCAGGACUUGAUAUUAAUAUUAGUGAAUGUGUAAAUCCAUCAAAGCCAUCCUUCCAGUCCUGUUCGUCUGUCACAUCAGUGCCUGCCAUGAGCAGCGUCCCUGACGUCCUGGUUGGCUCAUCGUGUAAGAUUGAACAGUCACCUGACACACUCUGUGUUAAACCCCCCAUCAUCAGCAGAGAGGGAAACGUGAACGAUGAACCUUCAUCACAUCUGACUGGCUUUCUUGGAGUUUCUUCACCUCACUGCCAAAAGUGGACACCCAGAGCCACAGAACCUGAGACAGCCUCUUCUCUUCCUACUCUGAAGCCCCCAGACAACCCUCUGACAAGCAUCCACCUGCAGCCCAUUGAACUUCCUGAUAGACAUCAAAACCCCAUCCUUACUCCUAUAAAAAUCUCUUGUGCUCAACUUCAAAGUCCCUUAAAUAAGGUGGAGUCUUCUGCCCAGGUAGCAUCAAAAUGCAUCAUGAUGCCUCCAAAGUCCAUCCCUGGGGAGUCUGAGGAGGACUUUCUGAAGAGAAAGCGAGAAUACUGGAGGGUAAAAAAGAAGGAGCAAAGAGCAAAGAAGGCAUUUCAGUACAAGGGGUGCACCCCAACGAGAGCCUCCAGCGGCGGCAGCAGCUCUGAUCUGCCUGGUCAGGAUCUACAGACGCUGACCACAGCUGUGGAGGAUUCCAGUCAGUGGGUAAACUCCUCUGAUGCAUCUGAAAACCUAAUGAGCAUCCCAGUGGAUCCCGACCCACCACCCUUUAUGUACACCAACUGCCCAGCUCAGGUAGAAGGUGAGGCAGAUAUUUUGUUUGCUGAUCAUGCUGAUGAUAAUGAUGAGGAGGAGGAUUCUAUGUCAGAUGCGGUCUGGAGAAACCGCUACCUCAUGGACUAUGAUCCACUCAACCAGCUGCUGGUGUGCAUGGUCUGUGGUGAGCUGCAGUACUCCCACAGCCUGGAGGGGGUGCAGGCCCACAUCGACGAGGUGCACCCCCUCACCCUGAGGCUGGAACCCAGGGAGAAACAGAAGAUCCUGGAGGCCUGGGACGAGCAGGUGUCGCAGCGGGAGCGCUUCUUCAGCAGCCAGCUGCAGCAACACUGUGGUGCUGCAGAAGAAACAUACAGGAACUGAUGUGUAAAGAAGAUUGCUGCAGAGUUGACUGGAAACCAAGUCCAAAAGAGAAGAUCAUCUUUCUAUUUCUUUUUAUUUAUUUCCACAAAGUCUUUUUUGCCACCACAGCACGCCCCACAAAGUCAUUUUAAAAGAAAAGGCUAGGCUAGGUUGUGGAUUCCUUGAUUAUAUUUGGGAAUAAAAGACCAACAGAUUUACUGGGCUUGAUUUGUUCCCACAGUUAAAACCUUAUUGAAUAAUUCAGUUCUGGACACAUUCCAGUCUUUGUGUGUUUUUUUUCCUUUCUUUCUCUGGAUCCAGGUUCAGUUCGUGGCUGUCUCAAGUUGUGCAACUGUGUGUUGCACAACUUGUGUCCGUACCAUGCUGCUCUUUAAAGCCCUUUACUGUAUAUUCUCCUGUUUUAUUAUUUGAGGCAGCUUUUUCUUCGGACUUCAUCACCUGUGUGGAAAUCUUUCUGCAGUACCUUCAGGGUUUUUUUUUCUUUCUUUUUUUAUGUAUGUAAAUAAAUACAAAGGUAGCUGUGAAAGGCCACAUUUUUUAAUGCUGUUUAUUGUUAAUAUUAUCUAUAAACAUUAUUAUUUGUUGAUCUUUCUUAAACAUAGUUGUUAGCUGAAGAUGCAUUAUUCAUACAUACAGUUUCAUGUUAGAGUAGGGCAGUCUCUCUCUCAUUUGUAAGUAUUGAAUAAAGAUUUUUCUGCAUGAGUAGUAAAUGAAGCAUCGCAACUAAAUAUCAGAAUACAUUCCUGAUGUUUGGUUUUAUCUCCUCUUUGGUAUGAAGCUUAACAUUCUUCAUGAACUUUCUGUUUAAGCACAAAUUGAGAAAACUGAAGCACAGCUGUAACAGAGUGAGGGGCUGGACUUUACCUUGUUUUUUUCCACAUUUGAAUGUAACUUGAUGACAUGUUUACCUGUUGAAAAAUCUUUAAAUGCCUUUUCCAGUAAUAAAUUAUUUCUACAUUUUGGUUA